CAUCCUAUUCCUUCCUAAACUACUCUGCUCCUCUGCUGUCUGCUCUCUUUAAUCAUCGCUGACUUUGUAGGGUUUCUACUCCCAAUCCAGCCUCUUCACAACAAAUCCACCACCUUCUCCUCCCCAAAACCAUUGACCGCCAUGCAACGCCUCUCCGCAAAUCUACUGAAACUCCGCACCUUCUGCAAACCGUCCUGCAGCAGACCUUCUUUUUCUCCUUCCUACUUCCAGAGUAUACGCACGCAGAUCUCCCGGGAUCGGCCGCUCUCGUUUUCAUCCUCUGCUCACCAGACAGCCAACCGACGAACCUACGCCACCUACCGCCGCUUCGGAAACCAGCACCACUCAUCCUUCUCCAGCCAUGAAGGAUUCGUCAGUAACCUCGGCGCGCUCGUCGGCAUGCUCAUGUAUAACCGCCGCGUGCAGGUCGCCGCCCUCGUCCUCGGCGGCGGCACAUUCAUCUUCUACCUCAGCAACGUCGAACCUGCCCCCGUCAGCGGUCGCAGACGGUUCAUCGUCACGACCCCGAAACUAGAGCAGAUGCUCGGCGACUCGCAGUAUCACAGCUUACUUGCUGAGUACCGAGGCCGCGUAUACCCCGACAACCACCCCGACGUCAUCCGCGUCAAAAGAGUGAUGAAGCGUUUGAUCGCCGUCUCGGGCAUGGAAGACGUAGACUGGCAAGUCCAUGUCAUUGUCGAUCCCAGCGUCGGUCCGAACGCGAUGGUCCUUCCUGGAGGUAAAGUCUUUGUCUUUGCAAGCAUGCUCAACCUCGUCUCAAACGACGACCAACUCGCCACCGUGCUCUCCCACGAAACCGCGCACCAGCUCGCCCGACACACCGGCGAGAAACUCUCCAAGCAACCGUUCUACUCCGUCAUCGCCCUCACCGCAUGGCUCAUCACGGGCUCUUCCACAAUCGCCCAGCUGCUCAUCCAGUUCGCGCUCAAUCUUCCCGCAAGCAGACAGAUGGAGUCAGAGGCUGACUACAUCGGACUCUUGAUGAUGAGCCAGGCAUGCUACGAUCCUCGACAGGCAAUCCCGUUCUGGCAAAAGAUGGAGAAGUUGGGUCUUGCGAGGCCAAUGGAGUUUAUGUCUGAUCAUCCUUCUGAUCAGACCCGUAUAGCCCAAAUCACCCAAUGGAUGCCAAAAGCCCUUGAAAUCCGUGAAAACUCAAAGUGCAGAAACACGCAGUCCUACAUGAACGAAUUGCGCGACUCGCUCAGCUUUUUCCAGGGUAUCAGAGACUCUGACUCUAUAUUCUGACCUACCUGUAGAUAUAACUGUAUAU